AACAGCACCAUCUCUGGCAGGUGGUGUGUGCUUUAAAACCAUACAGUAGGCUAAUGUUUAGGACGAUAGGAAGGUAGUUAUAGGGAAAUAAACACACUUUAGGUUGUUAAUUUGUCGUCUUUUGGUUGAUAGUUUCGUGUUAUAUGCCGUUACGUUUCUUUUAAACCCACCGGAAUCGAAGUGAAUGAGAUGAACGUCGGGGUUUCCCUCUCUGAGCCAGACACUUUGUGCUUUAUGGUCAGCGGUAAAUUAGACAACUGCUCCUUCAUCAUGCAGCUUCUGAAAAAAGACGGAAAAGCCCUACAUGUUGAUUAUAUUUCGUCGCCGGUGUAAAUCCAAAAGAGAGAAAAACCUCCCGGCCACGGCUGACAAGGGACUCACAUCCUGGAGCUGCCUCACCUCAUCCGCCGGUGUUGCAUACAAUAUGUUAUGUUGAUGACAUUUUUUGGAAGUGGCCGUGCCUUUUGUUUUCAUUUCGGGAUAUGUGAUAUGCAGAUCCGUGAACGCCACGAAACGCAAAUUAACGGACGUUUUUUUCUGCUUUGAAAAUGAGGAAGCGUUUUCAUAAAGACCCAGAAAAUGGCAAGAAGGUCUCGUCGUUCGUGGGCCCGGAUUUUACUAAAAUAAGAAUGAAAGGAGCAAAUGCAACAGCAGCAUGAUUUUUUUUCCUACAGAAUGACACCAAAGGAGGUAAAACGGUGGAGGUAGAUAAGACGCAGCAUCAAUGAAGGCGAUCUGGACAAGUUUCGAGUCGCUCAUAAUGAACAGAAAUACUUUGCAGCUCGAUAGCAGAUCGUUUCUACAAUAUUAAAAUAAUUUUUCGGCUUUGGGAGAUUUUCUAAUUCACCAGUCAUCUGUUUUCGCAUUGCAUUUGUUAUCUUUUUCAUUAUAUAUAUAUAUAUAUUUUUUUUUUUUUUUUUUUUUUUAUACUUUUGAUCCGGAUCCAGCCCUGACUAUUCAAUGGAAGUAUGUUAUCAGCUGCCGGUUUUGCCUCUAGACAGGCCGGUUCCCAAGCAUGUCCUCAGCCGGAGGGGAGCCAUUAGUUUCAGCUCCAGCUCUUCUCUCUUCGGGGCUCCUGAUCCGAGACAGCUGUCACAGAGACGAGGAGCCAUUUCCUAUGACAGCUCAGACCAGACAGCACUGUACAUUCGUAUGCUAGGAGAUGUGAGAGUGAGAAGUCAGGUUGGAUUUGAACCGGAACGAAGAAGCUCCCACCCAUACCUGUACAUCGACUUCCGUACUCUUCACACACGGCUGGACUAUGGGUCCACGUCAGCGAGCUCUGCUCCUGAACGGAGGGUCCAUAGACUGCUCAGCUUCCAGAGGUACCUGCACUCAUCCCGUCUGCUGCGGGGAGUCCCCCAGCAGAUCCCCCUCCACAUCCUGGAUGAGGACUACACUGGACAGGCCAGAUGCAUGCUGGAAAAAGUGGGGAACUGGAAUUUUGACAUUUUCCUCUUCGAUAGGUUGACAAACGGAAACAGCCUGAUCACCCUGACCUUUCACCUGCUGAACCAGUAUGGCUUGGUGGAGCUCUUCCAGCUGGACAUGGUCAAACUCUGGAGGUUCCUGGUCAUGGUCCAGGAGGACUACCACAGCGACAACCCCUACCACAAUGCUAUCCACGCUGCAGAUGUCACACAGGCCAUGUACUGCUACAUGCGGGAACCCACGCUUGCCAAGUCUCUGACAUCCUGUGACAUCCUACUGGGACUUCUCGCAGCCGCCACACAUGACCUGGACCAUCCUGGAGUCAACCAGCCUUUCCUCAUCAAGACUGACCACUAUCUAGCUACACUCUAUAGGAAUACCUCAGUUCUGGAAAACCACCACUGGAAGUCAGCAGUGGGCCUGCUCAGAGAGACUGGGCUGUUCUCCCAUCUGCCUGCUGAGGACAGCCUGAACAUGGAGAGGGAGUUGGGCUCCUUAAUCCUAGCCACCGACAUCAGCAGACAGAAUGAGUACCUGUCCAGGUUUCGCAGGCACCUGGACCAGGAGAACCUGUGCUUGAGCAACGGCAGCCACCGUCACUUCAUCCUGCAGAUGGCUCUGAAGUGUGCGGACAUCUGUAACCCCUGCAGACCCUGGGAGCUGAGCAAACAGUGGAGUGAGAAAGUGACCGAAGAGUUCUUCCAACAAGGAGACAUUGAGAAGAAGCACAAACUUGAAGUCAGCCCACUUUGUGACAGAGGGAUCAACACAGUUGGUAACAUUCAAAUUGGCUUCAUGACAUACGUGGCGGAGCCGCUGUUUGCAGAGUGGGCCCGUUUUUCCGACACACGUCUGUCCCAGACCAUGCUGGGCCACAUGGGGCUGAACAAGGCCAGCUGGGGCAGCCUACAGCAGGAACAAACCUCCGUCUCCGAGGAGGCGGAGCCCAGCUCAGCCGGCACCGACACAGAAGAAGCCGCCGCCACCGCCGCUAGAAGAAACAGCAACACCGCUACAGCCGCAGGAGGAACCAGCUCCAAAGAAAUACCUCAGGGAAGCAGAGAAUCCUGACACUCCUCGUGUGCCCUUUCACCUCAACCUCCUGACCCCGGCCUCGAGGCCUCACCACACACUGGGGGCCGAGUGGGGCAUGCAAUGGCCUGCAGCCCUGCCGCUGCCGCAACCUGAUCCUAACACCUUGUUUAUGUUUUGUUGCUUUUGCCUCCCAUCUUGAUAAACCACUGAUUUUAUUUAAUUUAUUUAAUUUUUAAUUCCUCUUUUUUUUGGCAUAGAGCAAUACAUAGAUACCUCAUGUGGCUACUGCUGUAUUUUCAUUUAUUUGCUUUGUUUUAUUUAUUUGUCCACUGUAGUUUUGGCAUUACUGAAUGAACACACCACUUUUCUUUGUUGGUGAACCUUAAGGAGAAAGCAGAAGACUUUUUUUCUGGUAUUUUGAAGUGCCAUUUGAAAACAAAGAUUUGAAAAAUAAUCUAAACUGACUGAGACAACUGGAGUAUUCAGACAUGAGACCCUCCGAAGACUUUAAAGUAAUGCCGUGUUGCAUUUGUAUUGAAGAUUCUUCCUCAUGUAAAAACGACAACAACAAAAAAUGUGACAAGCCCAGUCCUUUUGCUGCCUCUACGAAGACUGUUUACGCAUCUCGUUUGUCGUUUCUUUCUGUUGAACUGAAGUGAAUCAUGUCGGCUCCACGGUUUGCUUUGGAAGCACAGAUGUGAAGAACCACUCGUUUGAACUGUCAUCCCACUGUUGAAGCCAUGAGCAGAACCUUAGUCAAACACACCAGAUGCCAUAAAUAACUCCACCUGUGCUACAAUGUGUUCUUGCACUCAACGAUGGUGUCUCCAAGAGACCUUGUAAAGGUAUUGUAGACAUUAGUCCUUUUCUGAUAUUUCCGAAUCUUCCAGUGCUGGUUGAACUCGGGGUAGCUUCCCUCCCAGACUGGAGAUCAGUUACUCACUGCACACGCAUCUCACCUGGAACUCCACUCCACGCAACUUGACUCGCUCAGGGUUUUGCCAGUCUCUUAUAAAAAGGGAGAGGAGGUGACUGCGGACGCUGCAGGGUUGUUUUUUUCCUGGCUAGGAUCUACUGAAGGAGCCUCUCCCUCUCCGCAGAAUGUCUCACAGCCACAUGCAACCUAAAAGACUGCUCGAUUGAUGCCUUAUAACUAUGCACAAACUAUGCUAAGUGACCAAACCAGCUCCUGUUCCCAUCAAGUGCAUGGUGUGCUUGUCUUUGAAUGCACUGUCCAAUCCCUUUGCCUUUUUGUUGUAAGGAACAACUCCAGCUGUACUUUUUUUUUUUGUACGGAAACAAAAUGGUCGCCUGACUUUGAACAUUCCAUUUCUUUGUGUUUGGUUUGUCUACUUUGAUUCUGUAUAGUGGCACAAAUUGUGUUUGUUUAAACAUUUUGAGAGAUAACAGGUGCUUUUCUUACUUUAGCUGAUUUGUAUUUUGCUGUAAGUGCUGUAAGACUGUUGAUAAAACUGUUUACAAUUUGUUGCGACAGCCAUUUUUGGGAAGACUUCAGUGUCGAGCCAGAUUUUGUAAAGGCUUUGCUGUAUUGACCUUUUUGAUACAUGCCUGUUGCGAUUUGAAUAAUAAAACCUGUUGUUGACAAAU